AUGGCUCCUCUCGUCCCCAUAUUCUCCGCUGAUUCCCUCCCCGAUCAUGUCAAUACCGUUCGCCGCAACUUCCAAGAGAAACGCCGUAAAGGAGAACAAGUCAACCUCAAGGACUGUCCGUUACUCGAAAUGACACAAUUUUCGUGCAAUCCGCCACAAAAUGGGGUUCCUGAACCAGGGGUUGUGGUAUGUGAGCCUGUGGUGCGGUUGUUCCGACGCAAGCUGAUCUUCCGUAGCUGUGCCGGUGGGCUAAUGGUUGAGACAACGUCAUGGGAGCCAACUAGGCUAGCAGAGGAAGCAAAACAAAAGCAAGCAGCCAAUACGAAACAAUGA